AUGGCCUCCGUCGACCCUUUCGACUCGGCUCUCGACCUCCUCCGCCGCCUGAACCCGAAACACACGACCGACCACCUGAAUGCAAUCAUCUCCCUCGCACCGGAUCUGACGGAGGACCUCCUCUCGUCCGUUGACCAACCCCUGACUGUCAAGCGCUGCAAGCAGACGGGCCGUGAUUACCUCCUCUGCGACUACAACCGCGACGGCGACAGCUACCGCUCCCCAUGGAGCAACCAGUUUGACCCACCUCUGGAUGAGGGCGGCGGCGCAAUCCCCAGCGAGAGGGUCCGCAAGAUGGAGGUCAAGGCCAAUGAGGCGUUUGACGUGUACCGAGACCUGUACUACGAGGGUGGUGUGAGCAGCGUAUACUUUUGGAACCUGGACGAUGGGUUCGCCGGCGUGGUUCUCUUGAAAAAAUCCGCGACGCCCGGCGGAAGCGCAGAGGGCGUAUGGGACUCGAUCCACGUCUUCGAGGCCAUUGAGCGCGGCCGAACAACGCAGUACAAGCUCACCUCGACCGUCAUCCUCUCGCUCUCUACUUCGACCAACGCCCUGGGCGACAUGGACCUCAGCGGCAACAUGACACGGCAGGUCGAGCAGGAGCUUCCGGUCGACGGCGACGAGAGCCACAUUGCCAACGUGGGACGGCUCGUUGAGGACAUGGAGCUCAAGAUGCGAAACCUGCUGCAGGAAGUCUACUUCGGCAAGGCCAAGGACGUCGUCGGCGACCUGCGGAGCGUGGGUAGCCUUAGUGAGGCUGGUAGGGACCGCGCGGCGCAGAGGGAGAUUAUCGGGAGCAUGCAGAAGUGA